CGCCCUCAAAUCUUUAUAAGUACACCAUUUACCUCUCUCAGAGGAUCAUUUAGAGUGAGGCUGGGUGCUACCUUCAAUCUCUAGCCUGAUCUCUGCCUCCAGGUCUCUGUUCUUGAUAGAAAAUACCCAACAGGAUGUCUAAUUUAAAGGAGAUAUGCAGUGGUUUACCUCUGGACCCUUUGCCACCUAACCAGGGAAGAGAUCCCAGUGUGCCACAUGCACCUAUCAGGACCCCAAACCUCACAGCAGAGGAAGAGAGGUUGGCAUUGAGAAAUGCCCUGAGAUAUUUCCCUCCAUCUCACCACACAACCCUCGCACCCGAAUUUGCUCAAGAGCUGCGGCAGUAUGGGCACAUCUACAUGUACCGCUUCUGCCCCACGUUCCGCAUGAGAGCUUACCCCAUAGAUCAGUACCCGUGUCGCACACGUCAAGCAGCAUCUAUAAUGUUAAUGAUCAUGAACAACCUGGACCCAGCAGUUGCUCAGUUUCCCCAGGAGCUCGUCACCUAUGGAGGCAAUGGACAGGUGUUUAGUAACUGGGCCCAGUUCCGCCUGGUGAUGCAUUACCUGAGUGAGAUGACAGAAGAGCAAACUUUGGUCAUGUACAGUGGUCAUCCCAUGGGCCUGUUCCCCAGCCUGCCCUCCUCACCUCGUGCCAUCAUCACCAACGGCAUGGUUAUUCCCAAUUACUCCUCCAGAGGCCAGUAUGAAAAGAUGUUUGCUCUCGGGGUAUCAAUGUAUGGUCAAAUGACAGCAGGCAGCUACUGCUACAUUGGACCCCAAGGAAUUGUUCAUGGCACCAUGCUGACGGUGCUGAAUGCCGGCCGAAGGUACCUGGGCUCCAGCGACCUAAGGGGGCGUGUCUUUGUGACCUCUGGCCUCGGAGGCAUGAGCGGAGCUCAGGCCAAAGCUGCCGUCAUUGCCGGCUGCGUUGGCAUAAUUGCAGAGGUGGAUGAGGCUCCUCUUAGGAAGAGACAUGAGCAGGGCUGGCUGAUGGAGGUCACCAGCAGCAUGGAACACUGCAUUAAAUGUAUCAGGGAGGCUAAGCGCACCAAGACGCCCCUCAGUCUGGGUUACCAUGGCAACAUCGUAGACCUGUGGGAGAGGCUGCUGUUGGAGUACAAGAGGACGGGGGAGCUCCUGGUGGACCUGGGGUCAGACCAGACCUCCCUUCACAACCCGUACAACGGAGGCUACUACCCAGUCCAGCUCAGCUUCCGCCAGGCAAACCAACUUAUGUCAACUGAUCCUAACCGUUUCCGAACCAUGGUCCAAGAAAGCCUCAGGAGACAAAUAAAAGCCAUCAACGAGCUGUCUGAUGCUGGUAUGUUCUUCUGGGACUAUGGCAAUGCAUUUCUCCUGGAGGCACAGAGAGCUGGAGCAGACGUCGAAAAGCCUGGUGGAGGAGCAACAGAAUUUCGUUACCCUUCUUACGUACAGCACAUAAUGGGGGACAUCUUCUCUUUGGGUUUCGGCCCGUUCCGCUGGGUGUGCACAUCUGGCGACCCCCAAGAUCUUACUGUAACAGAUGACAUCGCUGCUUUUGUCCUGGAGGAAAUUGGUGCCAACGUGACUGAUUGCAUCAGGCAGCAGUACGACGACAACAUCCGCUGGAUCAGAGAGGCUGGAAAACACAAAAUGGUUGUGGGAUCCCAAGCCAGAAUCCUCUACUCUGACCAGAGAGGAAGAGUCUGCAUUGCUUUGGCAAUCAACCAGGCUAUCGCUGAUGGAAGAGUUUCAGCUCCUGUGGUUAUUAGCAGAGACCAUCAUGAUGUCAGUGGCACAGACAGCCCCUUUAGAGAGACAUCGAAUGUGUAUGACGGAUCUGCUUUCUGUGCAGACAUGGCAGUCCAGAACUUUGUUGGUGAUGCAUUCAGGGGCGCCACAUGGGUAGCCCUGCACAACGGUGGUGGUGUUGGCUGGGGCGAGGUAAUGAACGGAGGAUUUGGUUUGCUGCUGGACGGCUCAGAGGAGGCGGCAAAGCGCGUCCAGCUGAUGCUCAACUGGGACGUCUCCAACGGGGUGGCUCGUCGCUGCUGGUCUGGAAAUUCUAAUGCCUACGAGACCAUCCAGCGUGCCAUGGAGGAGCACAGGCAGCUGCGUGUCACCAUGCCCUUCCCUGUGCAGGAUGAGCGUGUGCUGGAUCGGGCACUGCAAGGCUAGCCAACACUUAAGCACAGGUUAACAGCCACACAGGACAGGAAACCUACAGCUGUUAUCACUUCAUAAGAUGUGUCUGAAUCAGGCCUCAUCCAGCUGUUAAUAUGAAGCACUGCAGACUACUAGAAAUCACCCACAGACAGCUCAGCUCACUAAAACACCUGCAGUACUACAGUUAAUCACUGACAAUAAUGUUACACAAGUUGUUUCCUGUGAAGACACAGAAUGCAAAGCAGGCUACAAUACUGUGCUAGGCUGUGAUUUAAAGUACAAGACUAUAUUCUUUAUUUUUUGUGCUGAAAAUUAAACAGUAAGCCUGUACAAACUACA